AUUAUAUAUAAAAAAAAUUAUAUAAUUUUAAAUUUUGUUUUCUUCUUGAAGAAAAAUUUUGAAAGUUGAAUAUAUGUUGCGGUCUCUCUUCUUCUCCCCCCGGAUACGGCGUGUGGCAGUGCCAUCCAGCCCUCUGGGUCCAACCCUUGCCAUGGACAACAACAAUCGAAGCCGCACUACUGACAGCAGUGUUCAAACCAACCCUCGCAUUCAAAAACUCCAACAAAUUGUUAAAACCGACGCAUCUGCUGGUUGGGAAGAGUCCUGGAAGCAGGGAGUCACCCCUUGGGAUUUAGGUUGCCCUACACCUGUUAUUUUACAUCUGCAUCACUCUGGAUCUCUCCCCAUGGGCAGGGUUCUCGUCCCUGGAUGUGGCACUGGCUAUGAUGUGGUGGCAAUGGCAUGCCCUGGACGCUAUGUUGUUGGUCUGGACAUAUCAGAGGAGGCCAUAAAGAAAGCAAAGCAGAUGUCUUCCUCAUUACCAAAUGCAGAUGAUUUUACUUUCAUAAAGGCAGAUUUUUUCUCCUGGCGCCCUACAGACUUGUUUGAUCUUAUUUUUGAUUACACGUUUUUUUGUGCCAUUCUGCCAGAGAUGAGAUCAGCAUGGGCUCAGCAAAUCCAAAACUUUUUAAAACCAGAUGGAGAGCUUGUUACAUUGAUGUUUCCAAUGGAUGAUCAUGCUGGUGGACCCCCUUUUAAAGUAUCAAUUGAAGACUAUGAAGAGGUUUUGCAUCCAAUUGGCUUUAAGGCAGUAUCCAUUGUUGAUAAUGAAUUGGCCAUUGAAGCUAGAAAGGGAAGAGAGAAGCUUGGAAGAUGGAAAAGAGGUGUCGGCCACUCCUCUCUAUGAAUUGUGAUAAUGAUCGUUGGCUAAUUGAGGAGCCAUGCUUAGGGUUGCUCGAGCUCAAGGUAAAGGGCGAUUACUUUCAUUCACGAAGUUCAUCUGAAUUAGAAGGCUUGCAAAUGAGAUAGUACAUGUUAAUGAUGUUAUAUUUUUUCUUUCAUUCCUUUUUUAACGUUUAAACACAGGAAAAUAUAAUCAGAAAGUGAUUGUAAUUUAGAGACAGAGUAAACUGCUAGUUGUCAUCUCUAUCUUUAAUUUGUGAGUUGUAAUAUGUACCAAAAGAUAAAAUAAAAUGUUGUUUUU